AUGGACGUGUUGGCUUUUGUGUGCCUUCUCAGAAGCGUGACCGAAUUUAUCCUGUUGGGUUUCUCACUUGGGCAUCAAGGAAAUAUCCUUCUUUCCAUGGUCUUUCUGCCUAUGUAUAUCACAUCCCUGGCUGGCAACCUACUAAUCUUCUGCAUUGUAUUGGGAAACAGUCACCUCCACACCCCCAUGUAUUUUUUCCUAUGGAACUUCUCCAUAUUAGACAUAAUGUUCACUUCAGUUAUCAGCCCACAGUUGUUGUGGAACCUCCUUUCUGGCGACCAAUCUAUUUCCUUCUCGGCUUGCAUUGCCCAACUCUACUUCUAUUUCUUCUUGGGCACAGUACAGUUUUUCCUCUUGACCUCCAUGUCGUACGAUCGCUAUGCUGCCAUUUGCAAACCUCUGCAUUAUCACAGUGUCAUGAGUGGUGAGGUGUGCACCAAAAUAGUUCUGGCUUGUUGGGUGUGUGGGUUCUUCUCUGUCCUCUGUCCCAUCGUCCAGAUUAGCAGGCUGUCCUUCUGCGGAUCCAACACCAUCAACCAUUUUUUCUGCGACACUGGACCUCUGCUGGAGUUGUCGUGCGCCGACACCCACUUCAUUGAACUGAUGGAUUUCAUGCUGUCCUCCCUUGUGAUUCUUGGUUCUGCCAUCUUGACGUUCAUUUCAUAUGCAUGUAUCAUCUCGACAAUUGUGCUCAUCCCGACCACCACCAGCCGUGCGAAAGCCUUCAACACUUGUGCCACACACCUCACCAUGAUCUCUAUCUCCUGUGGGAUCUCCAUUUUCAUGUACGUAACUCCUUCUCAGAAAGAGACUUUGGAUGCCCACAAGGUGCCAGCCGUUCUGACCACUGUAGUCUGCCCCUUUGUGAACCCUUUCCUUUUCACUCUGAAAAACGAUUCUGUCAAGGAGGCCCUGAGAAAGACAGCUCAAAAGAUCUCAGACAUGAUGAUGGGGAGCAUUCUGGCUACCUCUAAAGGAAAGACGUUUGUUUUAGGAGGAAGUCUUUAA